GGACUCCAUGAGUUAUUACCCACUGCCUGCACAAGCGUCAUUCGCGGAUCAUGUCUAGAACUCGACAUUGACUUGACGUUCAGCACCAACCCCAAAAUACUUGCUCAAUUUCCCAAAUUCUUCGCCUCAAUCGCGCAUACUUCUGAUUACAUGCCCCUCUCCAGAAUCUACAAGCCCCACUUUUCUAUCCGCAAUAGACCAUUUCAUUUCAGCAGCUUCUUCACAUCAUCGUCCAUUGCAGGAUACGUAAGUAAAACCCGCUAUAACAAUCAAAGAGCCCACAAGAAGUGUGCUGCACGAGUAAUUUCCGAUCCUAGUGAUGACCGAGGCGGAUGGCGUUGA